AUGGUGUCAGGUGCUGUACUGGUAGCCCUGAAACGAGAAUUUGCAAUUGGCCGAAUUUCGAGAUCGCAGAUGGCGGGGAUCCUGGAGCGGAUUAGAAAUUUCAGGAACCAGGAAAGCAUCCACAUCUUCUUGUGUGGGUUGCGUGGAUCUGGUAAGACAACUUUGUUGUAUAAGUCCCUCCUUAAUGAUUGGGAAGGCAUCUGCAACGAGAUUGAACCCACUACAUUGUACCAUUAUGAGGAGUUGCGUUUAAGGGGAAGGUGUUUCAGCAUCUGGGACUUCAGUGGAGAUGUAAAGGUAACGUCGCUAAGGCAUAUCGAGGCAAAAUGA